AUGUCUCUCCUCCGCAACGCCGCUACCCCGGCCCGCAAGGCCGCCUCGAACAACGGCCGCAGCUUCUCCACCUCGCUCGUCCAGAAUGCGCACAAGGAGGUCAAGUUCAGCAACGACGGCCGCGCCGCCAUGCUCAACGGCGUCAACCUGCUCGCCAACGCCGUCUCGGUCACGCUCGGCCCCAAGGGUCGCAAUGUGAUCAUCGAGCAGCCCUUUGGCGGCCCCAAGAUCACCAAGGACGGUGUCACCGUCGCCAAGUCCAUCACGCUCAAGGACAAGUUCGAGAACCUCGGCGCGCGCCUCGUCCAGGACGUCGCCAACAAGACCAACGAGAUCGCCGGUGACGGCACCACCACCGCCACCGUGCUCGCUCGCGCCAUCUACGCAGAGGGCGUCAAGAACGUCGCUGCCGGCUGCAACCCCAUGGACCUCCGCCGCGGUGUCCAGGCUGGUGUCGACGCCGUGAUCAAGUUCCUCGAGACCAACAAGCGCGCCGUCACCACCUCGGCCGAGAUCGCCCAGGUCGCCACCAUCUCGGCCAACGGCGACAAGCACGUCGGCCAGCUCAUCGCCACCGCCAUGGAGAAGGUGGGCAAGGAGGGCGUCAUCACCGUCAAGGAGGGCAAGACGCUCGAGGACGAGAUCGAGAUCACCGAGGGCAUGCGCUUCGACCGCGGCUACAUCUCGCCUUACUUUAUCACCGACGUCAAGACCGCCAAGGUCGAGUUCGAGAAGCCGCUCAUCCUGCUCUCGGAGAAGAAGAUCUCGGCGCUCCAGGACAUUCUGCCUUCGCUCGAGGCCGCCGCACAGCUCCGCCGCCCGCUGCUCAUCAUCGCCGAGGACAUUGACGGCGAGGCGCUCGCCGCGUGCAUCCUCAACAAGCUGCGUGGCCAGCUGCAGGUGGCCGCCGUCAAGGCGCCCGGCUUCGGCGACAACCGCAAGAGCAUCCUCGGCGACCUCGGCAUCCUCACGGGCGCCCAGGUGUUCUCGGACGAGCUCGAGACCAAGCUGGACCGUGCCACGCCCGAGAUGCUCGGCACCACGGGUGCGGUGACCAUCACCAAGGAGGACACCAUCUUCCUCAACGGCGAGGGCGACAAGGACCGUCUUGCGCAGCGCUGCGAGCAGAUCCGCGCCGCCAUCAACGACACCACCACCUCCGAGUACGACCGCACCAAGCUGCAGGAGCGUCUGGCCAAGCUUUCGGGCGGUGUGGCGGUGAUCAAGGUCGGAGGCUCGUCCGAGGUGGAGGUGGGCGAGAAGAAGGACCGAUACGACGAUGCGCUCAACGCCACGCGUGCAGCUGUGGAGGCGGGUGUGCUGCCCGGUGGUGGUGUGGCGCUGCUCAAGGCCUCGCUCGCACUCAACGAGGUGGCGACGGCCAACUUUGACCAGCAGCUGGGUCUGUCGAUGCUCAAGGCGGCGCUCACGCGUCCGGCGCGCACGAUCGUCGAGAACGCCGGCGAGGAGGGCUCGGUCGUGGUGGGUCGUCUGCUCGAGAAGCCCGGUGACUUCACCUACGGCUACGACGCCAGCGUCGGCGAGUACAAGGACAUGAUCGCCGCCGGUAUCCUCGACCCGCUCAAGGUGGUCAAGACCGCUCUCCAGGACGCUAGCGGUGUGGCGUCGCUGCUCACCACCUCCGAGUGCUGCAUCGUCGAGGCACCCGAGGAGAAGGCUCCCGCGGGUGGCAUGGGCGGCAUGGGCGGUAUGGGCGGCAUGGGUGGCAUGGGCGGCAUGGGCUUCUAA